AUGGACGUCGCGCAGGCUGUGGGCGGCUACAUCACCAAGAUCGUGACGCAUGGUAGCGACACGUCGUCAACUAAAAUGAAGACGUUGCUCCUAGAUCGCGAAACGGUCUCAAUAAUCUCAACUGCUGUUACUCAGUCGUCUCUACUCAACCACGAGGUGUAUUUGAUUGACCGCUUGGACAAUGCAGGUCGCGAGAAGAUGCGUCAUCUCCGCUGCCUCUGUCUCGUGCGCCCAUCACCCCAGACAAUACAGCUGCUCAUUGAUGAACUACGCGACCCCAAAUACGGAGAAUACUACCUCUAUUUCACCAACGUGGUCAAAAAGUCGGCUCUCGAGCGUCUCGCUGAGGCUGACGACCAUGAAGUCGUCAAGUCGGUCCAGGAGAUAUUUGCUGAUUACACUGUCAUCAACCCUGACCUGUUCUCCCUUGGUAUCACAUUGCCACAACAUCGAAUAUGGUCGGCUAGUCCAGAUACGUGGAACCCGGACACCCUUCAACGAUGCGCAGAGGGUCUCAUUGCCGUGCUUCUUUCACUCAAGAAGAAGCCGCUCCUGAGGUACCAGAAGAGCAGUCCCUUGGCCAAGAAACUGGCUUCAGAGGUCAAGUACCUCAUGACGCAGGAGGAACAAAUCUUCGACUUUCGUCGAGCUGACACGCCGCCUAUUCUGCUAAUACUGGAUCGACGCGAGGACCCCGUGACGCCCUUGCUGACGCAGUGGACUUACCAGGCUAUGGUCCAUCACCUUCUGGGGAUUCAGAAUGGCCGGGUAGACUUGAGUGAGGUGCCAGACAUCCGUCCCGAGCUCAAAGAAAUUGUCCUGUCCCAGGACCAAGACCCGUUCUUCAAGAAGAAUAUGUAUCUCAACUUUGGCGAGCUGGGGGGCAACAUCAAAGAAUACGUCGAGCAGUACCAGUCCAAAACCAAGAACAGCACAGACAUCGAGUCUAUCAACGAUAUGAAGCGCUUCAUGGAGGAGUAUCCUGAAUUUCGCAAGCUGUCUGGCAACGUCAGCAAGCAUGUUACCCUUGUGGGCGAGUUGAGCAGACGAGUUGGCGAGGAGGAUUUGCUUGAGGUCAGCGAACUCGAGCAAAGUUUGGCUUGCAAUGACAACCAUAAUGCCGACUUGAAGAACAUUCAGCGCUUGAUACAGACUGCGAGCGUCAGCGCUGAAAGUAAGGUCCGGCUGGUAGCAUUAUACGCUCUGCGACACAGCAAACACCCCUCCAACUCGGUCCCUAUGCUCGUCGACCUCUUGACUGCUGCCGGGGGAGUCCCACCACGCCAAGCGAAUCUCGUCAAUCAUCUCACAGCAUACCAUAGCUCGCUUCACUCCUCGCAAUCGCAAGGGGGCAUUUCAGACAUUUUUGACUCGGCAGGGAUCUUCUCGGGAGCAUCGAAUCGAUUCAAAGGGCUCAAGGGCGUAGAGAACGUGUACACUCAACACACACCACUGCUGGAAACUACACUGCAGGACCUAGUCAAAGGCCGGCUGAAAGAGCAGCAUUACCCUUUCGUGGAAGGCGGCGGCUCGACCAGGGACAAACCUCAGGAUGUUGUGGUUUUCAUUGUCGGGGGUGCCACCUACGAGGAAGCAAAAAUGGUCGCAAGCAUCAAUGCUUCUACGCCAGGUGUCCGCGUGGUCCUUGGAGGUACGUCUGUCCAUAAUUCAGCGACAUUCAUGGAAGAAGUCGAAGACGCCGUCUCAUCCUGGCCGGAGAGCAGGGUCAGGAGUUUCGGCAAAUUUCACGGGAUCAUGAUUUGCGCAAUCCGACGAGCACAACUGACGAGGCUUCGAAUCACCCGGCAGGGCCAACAAAUCGCUGGUCGACGUACCCUGGCCUCCCUCGCCGACGCCCAGGGACUUUUCGAUGUUGUUGUAAUCGGGGGCGGCCACGCCGGCGCAGAAGCAUGUGCUGCGGCGGCGCGAUCAGGGGCCCGGACAGCCCUUGUUACUCCCAGUCUAGAAAACUUGGGGACAUGCUCGUGCAACCCAAGUCUAGGUGGCAUCGGCAAAGGCACCAUCAUUCGGGAAAUCGAUGCGCUAGACGGCCUAGCGGGGAGAAUCAUUGACAACUCAGGCGUGCAGUUCCACGUUCUGAAUCGGAGAAAGGGGCCGGCUGUAUGGGGUCCGCGCGCGCAAAUCGACCGCAGCCUGUACAAAAAGCAUAUGAGGGCCGAACUCGAAGCAUAUCCGAAUCUUACGAUCAUCCUCGACAGCGCGUCCGACAUCAUUCUUUCCGAAGAUCACGAGACCGACUCGAAAAGCAAGAUUGCCGGGGUGAGGCUAGACUCGGGCAGCAUCCUCUCAACGACAAGUGCCGUCAUUACUACAGGCACUUUCCUUGGCGGGGAAAUACACAUUGGACUACAAGUCUACCCGUCGGGGAGGAUGGGAGAGGCAGCGACCUUUGGUUUGAGCAAGUCUUUAAGGGAUGCCGGAUUUCAACUCGGUCGCCUCAAGACAGGGACACCACCGAGGAUAGACAAAAGGACAGUCAACUGGGACAUUCUGGAGACGCAGUACGGUGACGAUCCGCCGACCCCUUUCAGCUACCUGAACAACACGGUUGCUGUGCGCGACCAGUUGACCUGCAGCUUGACGUACACGAACGAGGCCACGCACGAUGUGGUACGCGCAAACCUCGACAAAACCAUACAUAUUCGAGAGACUGUCAAGGGACCACGCUACUGUCCCUCAUUAGAGGCAAAGGUCGUUCGAUUUCCGGACAAGACCCGUCAUCUCGUCUGGCUGGAGCCCGAAGGUUUCGAUAAUCCGGUCAUCUAUCCGAAUGGGCUAUCGAUGACCAUUCCAGAGGAAGGUCAAGAACAGGCAUUGCGGACAAUCAAAGGUCUGGAGAACGUCAAAAUGCUACAAGCUGGGUAUGGUGUUGAGUACGAUUAUGUUGAUCCUCGGAUGCUGAAAUCAACUCUUGAGACCAAGGCUAUUGGCGGCCUGUAUUUGGCUGGGCAAAUCAACGGCACGACUGGUUAUGAGGAAGCAGCUGGUCAGGGCAUUGUUGCGGGUAUCAACGCUGGCCGUGCGGCUCGUGGACUUGCGGGAGUUUCGUUGUCAAGAUCCGAUGGUUACAUCGGCAUCAUGAUUGACGACUUGAUAACGAAGGGUGUCACUGAGCCAUAUCGCAUGUUCACGUCUCGUAGUGAAUUCAGAAUGGCUGCGCGCGCUGACAAUGCCGACCUGCGUUUGACGGCAAAGGGGCGUGAGUGGGGCGUUGUAUCUGAUGAGCGAUGGAGUGCGUUCAGCGAAGAGAAGAGCCAAAUGGAGAGUCUAACGAAUAGACUCGAGUCGAUGUCUCUCAGCUGGAAAGAGUGGGCGGACUUUGGAAUCGUUGCCAAGAGGGAUACCAGUCGCCGAACAGGUCUCGACAUCCUCAGAACAUCUCAGGUCAUUGGUCUCAGCAACAUCGAGCGGCUCAAGGCGGCUUUUCCGGACAUUGACCAAUUCACCUCCCGUAUCUUUGAGCGGGUCAACCUACACGCCAUGUAUGCGCCUUACAUCAAGAUGGCUGCUUCGAGCCAACAGAAAAUGGCCAAGGACGAGCAGAUGAGGCUGCCAUUGGAUCUUGACUACAACAAAAUCCUAGGCCUCUCCAUUGCUGAGCGUCAGGCGCUGUCCGCCACCCGACCGGAAACCAUGGCGCAAGCUCGCCGCGUUGAAGGAGUCACGCCGUCAGGGUGUCUCCGGCUUCUUGGAUACGUACGUCGUGGCAGUCAGCCUUCGGAAAGAAUCCAGCUUCCGAGCUCGACCAGCCCACUCGAUGCUCGUGUACAAGUAUAG